GCGCGGCCGCGCCUCCGCCCGCGCUCGGCCAUGGGCGCUGCGCUGCGCUCGGCGCGGGGACCUACGGGCACCGCCACCAGGAUGGACCUGAAGCACGGAUAUGCAUUGACAAAGGAGUUGGAAUAAGACUGAGUCCUGCUCUGUGAUAUUUAUAUACCUGGACCAUGAACUUGCUGUUUGGCUUCAUGAUUUAGGAACCUUUGUAGUAACUGUGUGAAGCUGUUGGGAAUCAUGGCAUUCUCUCCAUGGAAGCUUUCCUCUCAGAAACUCGGCUUUUUUCUGGUGACUUUUGGUUUUAUUUGGGGAAUGAUGCUUCUGCAUUUUACUAUUCAGCAGCAAACACAACAUGAAAGCAGUUCAGUCCUGCGUGAGCAAAUUUUGGAUCUCAGCAAAAGAUAUAUCAAAGCUUUAGCUGAAGAAAAUAAAAAUGUGGUUGAUGGACCUUACGUGGGGACAGUGACAGCAUACGAUUUGAAGAAGACUCUUGCUGUCCUGUUGGAUAAUAUCUUGCAGCGCAUUGGGAAGCUGGAGUCCAAGGUGGAAAAUCUUGUCCUUAAUGGAACAGGAGCAAACUCUACCAACAAUACUACUACUUCUGCUCCCAGCUUAGGAGCAGUUGAAAAGCUUAAUGUAGCAGAUCUCAUAAAUGGAGCCCAAGAGCAGUGUGAAUUGCCUCCUAUGGAUGGUUUUCCUCACUGUGAAGGGAAAAUAAGGUGGAUGAAAGAUAUGUGGCGAUCUGAUCCCUGUUAUGCAAGUUAUGGUGUAGAUGGGUCCACGUGCUCCUUUUUUAUUUACCUCAGUGAGGUUGAAAAUUGGUGUCCUCGUUUACCUUGGAGAGCUAAAAAUCCUAAUGAAGAGACUGAUCAAAAAACAAUGGCUGAAAUUCGCAUCAACUUUGAUAAUCUCUACAAAAUGAUGUCAAGACAUGAGGAGUUCAGGUGGAUGAUGUUGCGCAUCAGACGAAUGGCUGAUACCUGGAUUGAAGCAAUCAAAUCACUUGCAGAAAAACAGAAUUUGGAGAAAAGAAAACGAAAAAAGAUCCUUGUUCAUUUGGGGCUUUUGACAAAAGAAUCUGGAUUCAAGAUUGCAGAAAAUGCGUUUAGUGGUGGCCCACUUGGUGAAUUAGUCCAGUGGAGUGAUUUAAUUACAUCUCUCUACUUACUGGGCCAUGACAUCAGGAUUUCAGCUUCACUGGCAGAGCUCAAGGAGAUUAUGAAGAAGGUUGUAGGUAACAGAUCUGGCUGCCCUACACAGGGAGAUAAAAUUGUAGAACUCAUUUACAUUGAUAUCGUGGGACUCACUCAGUUUAAGAAAACCCUUGGUCCAUCAUGGGUUCAUUACCAGUGUAUGCUAAGAGUUCUGGAUUCCUUUGGAACUGAACCAGAGUUUAACCAUGCCCACUAUGCCCAGUCUAAAGGCCACAAGACACCAUGGGGAAAGUGGAACCUUAAUCCACAGCAGUUUUAUACAAUGUUCCCUCACACUCCAGAUAACAGCUUCCUUGGAUUUGUGGUAGAGCAGCACCUGAAUUCCAGUGACAUUAAGCAUAUUAAUGACAUCAAAAGGCAGAAUCAAUCUCUUGUCUAUGGCAAAGUAGAUAAUUUCUGGAAGGAUAAGAAGGCUUAUCUGGAUGUCAUCCACACCUAUAUGGAGGUCCAUGGAACUGUUCAUGGGACAAGCACCAUGUAUAUUCCUGGCUAUGUAAAAAACCAUGGGAUACUCAGCGGGCGGGAUUUGCAGUUUCUACUGAGAGAAACCAAACUGUUUGUUGGUCUUGGAUUUCCAUAUGAAGGGCCGGCUCCCUUAGAGGCCAUUGCUAAUGGAUGUGCUUUUCUAAAUUUAAGAUUUAACCCACCAAAAAGUAGCAAAAACACAGAUUUUUUCAAAGGCAAACCUACCCUCCGAGAGUUGACAUCUCAGCAUCCCUAUGCUGAAGUUUACAUUGGGAAGCCCCAUGUCUGGACUGUAGACAUCAAUGAUCUUUCUGAAGUUGAGAAGGCUGUGAAAUUAAUUUUGAAUCAAAAGAUUGACCCUUAUUUGCCCUAUGAAUUCACAUGUGAGGGAAUGCUUCAGAGGAUGAAUGCAUUUAUUGAAAAACAGGAUUUCUGUCACGGGCAGGUGAUGUGGCCCCCAUUAAGUGCCCUUCAAGUAAAAAUUGCUGAACCCGGAAAAUCCUGUAAACAGGUUUGUCAGGAAAGCCAGCUCAUCUGUGAGCCUUCCUUCUUCCAGCAUCUUAACAAGGACAAAGCUCUGCUUAGGCAUAACAUUGAAUGUCUCACCAUGGAGUCUGCAAAUGAUAUUCUGGUCCCCUCUUUUGAUGCAAGAAGGAAGCACUGUGUUUUCCAAGGUGACCUGCUACUGUUCAGCUGUGCUGGAUCCCACCCCACCCACAGAAGGAUCUGCCCCUGCAGAGACUAUAUCAAGGGGCAGGUCGCUCUUUGCAAAGACUGCCUAUAGCAGCAGCAGGGCUGCUUUGAGUUGGGGACAAAAUGUAAGUAGUUUGGAGAGGAGCUACUUAUUACUUCCUGCACUUUUGUCCAGGUUUUUUCGCUGCAGGCAGAGCUAUCAUUGCUGGGCAGAAUUGUCUUCUAAGAGAGGAGGGAUUCAUAAUAGACAGCUCACUGAUCUGUUUUUCCUGUAAGGACAUUUGCAGUGUAACUCUUCAGACUCCUUCACCUGUUUGCAAAGAGAAACAAGUUUCAUGUUCGACAGUGAUUUGAAGAUGACGGCGCAGAAUAGUUUGUAGAAAAUUUCCAGACCCAUCAAAUUUCUGGUUUUGUUGUUUGGGUGAAGUAUUUUCUAUUUUUUAAUGAGUUAGGACAUCCCUCAUCAUGAUUAGCUGAAGUAUUUAAACUUCAUUCCAGUAGAAAAUUGAAAAAAGUGUGCUUGAGGGAGGGGGGUGCCAGGGAGGAAGGACUAACAUUUUAUUCUAGGUGCACUGGUUUGGGUACAGCUUUAGCUUGAAUGGCUACAAAGUGGUUUACUUCACAAAAACUUGGAAUUACAAGAGAGGUCUGUACCCUAUUAUUGGGUUAUUUGGGCCCAGUUCUGGUUUUUUUCCUUUUGUUUUUUUUUUUAUUGAAUCUUUGUAUACAACAAGGUAUUGUCUGCAUCACAGCUGCUGCAUCAGAGCAGUCUAAACAGAGUGUAACGAAUGAGCAAACAGGCAGUUGACAGCAUGUGACACAUCUUGGUGACUGGAUAACUGCAAGGGCUGUGGCAUUCUUCAGUGUGGAAAAGCUACAAAAACAUACUGCCAUUUUUGGAAUGGACUCAUCACAGUUUACUGGUCCCAUUUAGAGAGUAAAUCCUCGGAAUUUGCCCAUGCUUCUGUUGUAGUCUGUCUACUAGAAAUACUGUGUGAAGCAAAAAGUAUUCAGCAUAUUGGAGCAAUAUUAUUGUUAGAACCUCAUUUUGCUACGGCUUCCAGUAGUUAAAGUGUUGCUGAAUGACAUAGAAAGGUAAAACUAAGCUAACUAUAAUUAUUGUAUGGUAGAAAUGUAAAAUGUCUUCAUAACUAGCUCGGUUUUUAAAGAGAAAUUUUUUCUGAAGAAUAAGUAAGAGGAAACAAAGUACUGCAAAGAAAAGCAUUGAUCGGUCUUGUGGGUUCCUUGAUUGAUUUUCUAGUUUUAGGGGCUUGUUUGUUUCCUUUUUCUUUUUUGUUUUUUUUUAUCAAGCACACCAAUUACAAAUUUAGGGGAAAAAAACAAUUCAAGAGUUUAGAAUUCAAAUCAAACUUCAGUUUUUUAGAGCAGCAAGUUAACUCUUCUUAACUGCCUUCUUUUUAUAGAAGUAAUUUUUGUUAUUUUCAGCAGAAGGUGACGUGCUUGACAGCACCAUUUGUAGUCAGGAAAUUAUGUGCUAAGAUUAGUGAGAAACAAAUCUGCAGUGUCUGCAGGUUUGCAACUGGGACAUGCUCUCACUAUGCUGGAAAAAACCCUCAAAUCAAGACAAACAUUUUUUUCAUAAAGAUUAACCAGCGUCAUCAGGUAAUCAUGAAAAGUAUAGAUACUUUACAUUUUCCUUUCUUGGAUAUAUCUGGUUGGUUCAGAUUGUUUUUGUAAGUGGCAUUAAUUAUCUGUGUGGGAAUACUGAUGGGUCUAGCGACCUACCAAAGAUCAAGCAAGGCAGAUGCUAUUUCACCUUGGAUAAAUUCUCCAGCCCAAUAUACAUUUAAAGUUGCAAUUUGAAAGCAAUGAAUGAGCCUUUUCAAGCCUCUGGUUUCCUGCCUCAGCACUCCUGACAGUGUUACCCUGUAACACUGCAUAACAUCCCUCUGGACUACACAGGAGCCUAAUCCUGGGGGAUUGUCGAGUAUAGGAAAAGGGUCUGUGGGAGCUGUUGAACAGCAGGGCCACCAGGAUCUGGGUUUGAUGGUGGGAAAAUCUACUGUAUUUUAGAGUAAUUUUUCAGAAACAGAACAGCUGGGUUCUUUAAUGGGAGGCAAAGUUUUUAUAUGAAAAGAAAACAAAUGCAAACCAGUAUGAAAAUCCUUCCUGCUGCCAUAGCUCAGCAUUUGCUUCAGUCAGCACAAAUGUAUAUUGCAAAAGUUUGCGAUAGUUUUACUACCCUGGCAAAGCUGGGGGAGGAUGAUUGGAAAUGGGUCUGAGCAGGCGCAACAAUGAAUUCUGUAUUUAUACGAAAUAUCCCCUGCCUACCUGUGCAUAUCUGUGCAACUAGAAAAGCCUGAGUAUCUAAGUCUAUGUACUUCCAGCUGGUGCCAAAAGUAAAGGCAAUAGUAGGACUUGUCUUUGCCAGUUCAGCCUGAGGUUCUUCAGGCAGGAAUUUAGUUUGGACUGAGAUAUCACAGAACUAUAUCGGAAACAAAGAUUUGUGCGUGCGCACCUGAAGAAUGCAAAACGUGGGUUUUGCUGUAGUGUAAUUCUUUGCUGUAAAUACAUAUUUGCUUGUUCCCCCCUUGCUGUAUGGCCCCCAUGACACACUGCAUUUGAUUUUGCCUCUAAACCUUUAAAGAUGGGAGGGGUUUGGUAUUUGUUAUUAUAAGAUUUUCUGGUCUAGUGCUUUGCUCAAUGCUAAGUUUGCCUUUACCACAGCAGGGAGAGUUUAUUCUAAGCUCUGUUUUUCCAUGCUGUAGCACUGUUUCUAGUCUGCUGAACUGAAUUACUGCAUUCUGGCAAAAAUGAAACAGCAGCACCGAUGCCGCUUGCAUUUCAGCCAGGGACACAACAUCCGAAUUGGCUUCAGAGUCACUUGUCUCUGAUCCGAUUUCCACUGAAACCUGUAGAGAAGAUUCAUUAAUCUUAAAGGAAAAAGAAUCAAGACCUACAGCUUCAGUCUAAAUUUCUAUAAAAGGAGUCUAUCAUGUGAAAACUGUAAGUGCAUAAACUUUGCAAGCAUUGCUCACUCAACUCCGUUCAGCACUCCCAUCGCACAGCGUGUUCCUUCAUGCAGUGGUAGAUAAGUGAAUCCUUCUGCAGAUAAGCACUCAGGCAAAUCCACGUGGGACUAUUUAAAAGUCUGAGUAAUUUACAAAAACCUAUAAUAUAUAUCCACAUUUCAGGAUAGCGGGCAGCCUUCUGUCCAGGUUCCAUAAGUAUUUUCUUUCCUAAUUAAAGAAUAAAGGUGUAGUCCAAUUCUUGCACUUAAACAAGGAAGUUAGAGAUGGGACUGUGCUGCUGUUGUCAGUCUGAGAGUAAAGCUUGCAGCUUCCUUUGCUCAGAAGCCAGGUUUUUGCAUGACUGCAUUUGAAUAUAUUGAUCUGUGAUUGAUGGGGAAAAAAAUGUCAAAAAUUGAAUACAAAACCAUUUUACAAGCUUUUAAACAUAUCUCUCAUAUCAAGACAUUCUUUGUUUUAAAAUUUUGUAUUUUUGUAUGUGACCUAGUUUUUUUUCAAAAAUCUUGUUCCUACGGGAUUAGAAAACUUGAGAGAAGCAUUUACAUAUUUAUUAAAAUUAACAUAAAAGGCUUGCCUUUGAAAGGUAAAGUUGGUAAAUACACACUGUUUAAAAAUGCCAAUAAAAACCUCAUUUAUUUCAUAUAUGCAAGUUGAUUUGCACAUGUAUAGAGUUGCUUUUUGCAUUUUUUGCUUAGUUUCUAUGUUUCUUUUUGUAAGUUAUAGUUGCAGCAGUGUGUUUGCUUGUUUAUAUCAGAUUAUGUUUCUACAAAUAUUUAAUGUUUAUGUGCCUUUUUUUACUUUCUUUGGGGUUUGGAUGUGUGUUUGGAAUAUGGACACUGUCUGAACAAGUAUAAUGGAACACUAAUUCCAGGUAAAUAGUGCUAAUGAAUCUACAAGUUAGAGUUGUGAAUUUUGAGUAUUUUUAAGUAGUGGAGAAAUCUGUUCUAAAACUGUUAAGGGUUAAUAAGAUAAAAGAUACUAUAAUAAUUCUUGCAAAAUAUUGCUUCUGCAAGCAGAAUGCAAUUUACUGAGUAUCUGUGAUUUGGCAUGAGAGCUCCUGCUGGGACGGGAUGUCUGUUCAAUGACCAGGGAGCAAAGGAAAGCCAUUAACAUUCCCCAAGGAGACAAUGCUAACAGAAAACCUCCAGAAACAGCCACAGCUGAUUUGAUGAGCAGGAAAAUUGAAAAUCCACAUUGAAGUCUGUGAGGCGUUGAUUUUUCAGAUGAAGAUGUCUCGGCAUGGACGUGCAGGGGGUGAUUCCUGAUGCCACCAGAGAGUACAGUCCUUUUAUCAUACCUGAAUUUACAGCUCUCAGGGGGGAGGAAACUCUGGCUAUUCAGCUUAUUGCAGAUGUCUUUUCUUUUUAAUGCUACUACUUUGUAUUUUGCAAAACAGCUGCUGAUCAGGUUUCAUGGAUCAGCUGGAAUGGAGUUGUAGCCAGAGCCAGGACUCUUGUGUUUUCCCAGCUCCACUCUGCUCCCAGCUACUUGUGCCAGGUUUUGCAACUUGCUGAUUGCCAAGGUUCAGACUUGUUGAAGGUUUCUCUUGAUAUCAUCAGCCCCAAUCAGGUUGUGAGUUGAUGUCUUCUCAUUUAGUCAUGUUGUUCUCCUGUCCUCUAAAAUCCUAGUCAUCAUCUCCAGUUUGUCCUUGAUAUGAAGACAUGCCCUCCCCUCUCAGGAACAAGUGGCCCAUCUAAAUUGCAAAGGUGAUUUAUGAGUUUGUAGCACUUUUCACAUAAACAAAAUCCAAAUUGCUUUCUCAGGUAUGUCUUUUGCUCACAGUGCAUUUCAGGACCAGAUUUUGCUAGUAAAUUAAAUUAAAUGGGAUGAAUCAGGCUGGAUACAAUCUCAUCCAAGUCUAAUUAACUUCAUGACUCCCACUGCUUCAGUGAUAGCACAACUCCUCCAUUAACAUUUCUUAAAAUUAAAAAAGCAGCCCUCUCUUUUUAAUAAAGAUACAGCACUGUAUCUUACAUGAUAAAGACCAAACACUUGCAGGGUAUAUUACACACAUAUCAGCAGCCAGUUUUGCUCGCUGUCACAGCAUAUCAGCUCUGGCUAAGUUGAUGUUACUGAUUAUUAAAGUAAUCAGUAGUAAAGUUUAUCACUAAAGUGUCAGUUGAAAAUUUGGUUAAAUCACUGUUCAAGCCGCAGUUAGGAGUCAGAGGAAUGGCCUGUUUGUUGUUUGUUUAUUUUUAAAGAGAUCAGGAGUUAUCAGUUUGCAAUUUCAGUCUUUUUUCCAGGGGUGCUAACAUUUGGCAUGGCUGUUUCUUUGUGGUGUUUGCCCUACAGCUGCUAUGCCUUCAGCUUCUGACUUUUGAUCUCUUUCCAUUUGUAGUUCUCCUUUGGUCCCAUCAUUUUAGGGAUCACUGUAAAGUCCAGGAGAAUAAUGCACUGACAGAUGUAUGUUUUCAUUCAGGCUGAAAAGCCCAGGGACAGAUACAAUUUCAUUGAGAUUUGCUUUAAUAAUAUUGCUGUAAAGGUAACAUCAAAGCAUACUGUUUUAUGGGCAGUGACUUUAAAUCUUAUCUUCAUAUUUUUAAGCAGCUCUGUAGUUUUUUUUUUUUAAAUUAGUUUGUAAUUUCCAAAUAUUAUAUUUAAAUUAAAUGUGUAAACAGCAACUCCAUGUAUCAAGUGUAAAAUGUUUACUGUAGGAAUGUGUUGAAAAUACCAGAGGCUGAACCCCAGAGUGCCUCAGAUGUGCAGCAUCAUUUGUGUUCUUUCUUCCAGGGAAAAGCAACAAAGUGCAACCAUCGCUGAUGUGCCUUGCACAUUGGAACUCACCCAUUUUUGUAGGUGUAAUCCUUUUCAUAUCCAUUAAUUAUGAACAUGCAGUGGUAUGUCUUAUUUCAGCAGACCUCUCUCAACAACAUUAAGCCACCUGUUUAUUAAACGGGAAAUAAAACCAGAUCCUCAAAGUUUUGAUAGAAUCAGUAAUAACUCCACCAUCAACACACAGAAACUGCAUUAAAAAGCAUUAGUUGUAUUUAAGUGAGUGAAACCCUUCUCUCUGCUGGCAAGAUCAGUGCAGGUGCCAUUUACUUAGGUGGGCUGUGCAUGGGACCAGAAUUUGUCACCUCAUGUAAGGGCUCGCAGGACUGGAGCACUGAGGACCUGCUAUCCCCACAUUUCACAGCCACCAAAACGCACGGCUGCUUCUUGCGCAGGAGAACGCGUCGGUCUGAGCUGAGCUGUCACUGCAAAUACCAGCCCUGGGUCAGUGCCUGCGUCCUGCAGGAGCCCCCAAAGUCCUUGGCUUUAAGGAGAGCAUGUAAAUAACUCCCUGGUGUUUCCUGGAGCCAUGCAGGCGCUCGGCAAAGCGCAUGCAACGCAACCUGGCUCUGAUUCCAGCAGCUGCAGAGUAGUCUGAAGUAUCAAAUACGUACACGAUAAAUCAAGUUAAAUUGCUGUCUGAGGGAAGUUAAUUUUAAUAGGGUUAUACCCAGAACUAAUUUGUCAUGUUCAUUAACAGGUCUGUUGCAGUACAGUGACGGUGAAAACAAUUUUUAAGGAGUCAUGGGUUUAUUUGGUUUUUUUGCAAGGAAUGCAGCAGAGGAGGAGGAAAUGGCAGUUUUUACCAAAGGAAAAAUGAGUAAGUUUUAUGAGGAAAGGUACCCUGAAAAUUAUAAGAGAGCUAAAAGAAAAAUAUAAGGGAAUCUUUACAAAGCUAAUUUGGGCUUUGGGAAGUUGAUCCCCCUGAGCUUGCUGGGCUGACUGCUGAGGGAAGAUCCUUCAUAGGGCAAUUUUGGGCAGCUCUUUGGGUUUUGAUCUGCAUCAUUUCCUGGAGGAGUCUCCCUCUCCACUGGUGAAGGGGGUCAGUGUCUGAAUAAGCCUUGUAGCACUGUAAAUUAACAAAAAUCCCUACUGAAAUCACUGAAAGUAAAAUACUGCUUUUUGCAGACAAUAAUUUGGAGUCAAUGAGGGUUUUUAAAUGUACACGAGAACUUCAGGGUCAGGCUCGUACUAUGGGGUGUUUGGUUUGAAUUCUCCCCUAACAGGUUGAUCCUUUGUUUUAUUUCAAUGGUUGUGUUCCACUAUAUUACGUUCAAGCAGCUGGAUUCAAACAGAACAGAACGCAGUGGUUCAGAUACUGCCAAGUCACUGGGGUUCAAUAGGAUGGGAUUUUUUUUCUUUUUUUUUUUUUUUUUUAGAACAGUAAAUGUCUGUACUUUAAUGGCAUAGAAAAAUGCUUUGUUUUCACUGUUGUAGAAAAAAACUAGGGAGAAUUUAUUUUUCAAUAAACUUUUUUCUUGUGUGAUUUGGA